GAUUUCAACUGUCGAGGUUUUUUAGUUGCUUGUGCAUCCUGGCGUUGCUGUCGGCUUGAGAUUUACCUGUUGAUUAAAAACCAAACACGAGACCCUACUUUAAACCCACUCACUGGAUCUGAAAAUUCAUUGGACUAAGCUAUGUCGAAAAAGUUCAGCUGCAUUGUUGCUGUUUGUGAAAAUCGUGGUAUUGGCAUUAACGGAGAUUUACCAUGGAAAUUAAAGCAGGAACUAAAAUAUUUUUCACAUACUACGAAGAAAGUUAAUGAUGCUGACAAAAGAAAUGCGGUUAUCAUGGGAAGAAAAACGUACUUCGGGGUCCCAGAAAGCAAACGUCCAUUGUCGGAGCGUCUAAAUAUUGUGUUGACGCGAAAUGCGGCUGCCUAUACUUUUCCGCCGGAUGUGUUGGUUUGUGGCAGCCUGCUGGAAGCAUUGCACAAGCUGGAUUCAACUGACCAUGGGGAAUACAUAGAGAACAUUUGGGUUGUCGGAGGUAACAGCGUAUAUAAGGAAGCCAUGGAAUCCGAUCGUUGCCAUCGAAUCUAUUUGACGGAAAUCAAAAAGCAAUUCGAUUGUGAUGCAUUCUUCCCAGAAAUACCUAAUUCUUUUGUGGUGAUUGAUAAUGAUCCAGACACUCCAAGUGGUGUGCAAGAAGAAAACGGAAUACAGUAUGUAUACAAGAUAUAUGAGAACAAACAACAAUAGGUUGGAUAUCAUAGGUCGAAGCAAAACUUACGGCCCUUUAUCAUCUAUUAUCGUUUGGCUUCCUGCAGUAGCUCAUACAACUGCGCUAUCUGUUCAUCUCGAAAAUGGUUUAAUUGAUUUUCAGUCAAAUCUUCUCCUAUCAUUCCUAUCGGUCCGGGUUUCCCUCGCAACCCCAGUUGCUCAGCAAGAUUUAUCGCAUAUCCCUGUAAGAAUAAGGAAAAUACGACGUUUUAAUGAUGUAAAAGUUUCCUGGAAAUACAAGUAUGGGUAAAUAGUAACUUACUGCCCAUUCGCUCAUAAAUUUCUGGCUUUCCAUAGGAGAGCAAUUCUUGUGGCGUUUAAACUCUUCUUUUACGUAGUUAUUACCGAGCUCCUGCAACGCCACCGGCAGUCCUGAUGAAACGAAAUCAUUUCUCGUAAAAUUCAUGUUAGCAGGAUUAAUAUAACAAAUUGUACACGAAAUUGCAUUACUAACCACGGUGCAUACGAAGAAUAGUCUUGUACAAAACUCUAACUUUUUGUACGUGGUUCAUUUUUAUCCAAAUAUUUUAAUUCCGCUUAGCUCCUGUCUGUCCUGUCCUGUCGUUUCUAGCCUGUCAAA